AUGGAUGGUCCAGAGCUGAGCUGGCUGGUGAAUCACUCCUUUCCCCUUCCACUGGGCUCUGCUCAAUAUCCUGAGCUCAGACUUGAUCUGCUCGACAGGAAAAGUUCUUGCCUGCAGCUGGCUGCCAUGAGGAAUGUGAACAUCAUCCUGCAGCACUACAACUUCACAGGAAAGCUGACCAACCGGCAAUCUGGGGAUGAGGGUAUGGGUCUCAUCCGCACAACCUUUGCCAUCAUCAGCUGCAUCAUCAUCCUGGAGAACCUGCUUGUGCUGAUGGCCAUCAUGCGGUGUCUGCGAGCCCGCCGCUGGGUCUACUCCUGCAUUGCCAGCAUCACUGUGAGUGACCUGCUUGCAGGGAUUGCCUACCUUUCUAAUCUCUGCCUCUCGGGCAAGAAGACCUUCCAGCUUUCACCUCAGCUCUGGUUCCUGCGGGAAGGCAUCCUCUUCAUCGCAUUGGCUGCCUCCACCUUCAGUUUGCUCGUGACUGCCAUCGAGCGCUACAGUGCCAUGGUAAGGCCAAUUGCUGAGAAUGAAGCCAGCAAGACCCUGCGCUUACGCAGCCUGAUCAUUGCCUGCUGGCUGCUGGCCUUUAUCAUUGGACUGCUUCCACUGCUGGGCUGGAACUGCCUGUGCAACUUCAAUGCCUGCUCUGUCCUUCUGCCUCUCUACUCCAAGAACUACAUCCUUUUCUCUGUAGUCAUGUUCAGCAUCAUCCUUCUGGGGAUCAUCGGCCUCUACAUCUCCAUCUUCCAGCUGGUCCAGGCCAGUUCUAAGCAAACCAGUUCUCGGCACAGCCGCAAGCGGUCCCUGCGCUUGCUCAAGACUGUGCUGAUGAUCCUGGGUGCCUUCAUUAUCUGCUGGAGCCCCCUCUUCGUCCUGUUGCUCUUUGACGUCUUCUGUGAGACCCAGACCUGCACACACCUCCACAGCCUGGACUGGACCUUGGCUCUCGCCAUGCUUAACUCAGGCGUUAACCCCAUCAUUUACUCCCUCCGGAGUGUGGAAGUGCGCCGUGCUGUGGGAAGCCUGCUGUGCUGCUGCUGCAUCAGGGUUGGGCUUUGCAAGCCUGGAAACUGCUUGGUCAUCACAGACAUCAACUCUGGCUCAUCCACAGAGAGCUCCCUGCGCUACCGGGAAAGCUUCCGCAGCUCUGUAGCACUGAACACCCGGCCCAGAGCACCUCUCUCCAGCAACUCCAGCAUGAUGAGCAAUCUCCCCAGCCUCUGA